AUGAGAAACAGAUUGUUCGACCGUCUCCAGCAAGUCUGUUUUCCAGAUGCCGUGGACUUCGCAUUUGUGUCAAAUGAAAAGCCAGAUUCCAGCCUCUUGGAUAAGGCCCGCGGCGCUUAUACCUCAAGACUGAAAAGAUGCUCUUCCGCUUGGCCUGCUGGAUCGUUAGAUGCAUCAUCUCCUCAUCCCGUAUUGAUCACUCAACGGCAUCAUGAUGAGUUGGACGAAUUGCAUCGGGCCUUGAAUCUGGCAAUUGAAGAUAUCAUCGAGCGAUGGUGGACGGAUGAGCAAGCCCAGCUUCCCCAGCGGAUGCCCUUGGAACCUGGAGAGGAAGAUUUAUUGCGCAUCCUCGGUGGAUUAUUCAAACUAUUCGACAACAAGCUCCCCUUGCACCUGGUCAAAGGCGAGGAACGCGGAAUUGAUAUCUUCAUGUUUAUCGAACUCGCCAAGAAACGACUUGGCAUUGAACCACGACUCAUAAGCCCGGAAGCACUCCGAAUCAUCCCAGAUCCUUCUAAGGAUGCUGGAUUUAAAUUGUGUUGCCUCGCCCAAGCAGGUGCCGUUGACACUAUUACUGCCGAAUCCGGUGAACUUGUGGAAGAGGUCCAUCAAAUUGGCCUCGAACUUCACCAACGGGAAAUAAACGCCCUUGAUCCGGAGAUUAAACGCCAGAUCAGUGUUCGGUGUUUUAACGAUAUGCGGACAAUUCUGCUUGCCCACGACAAGAGAAUGCUUGGCCUUGUACGAGAAGAACUGGAGACUCUGGUCUCUAGAAGCAUCAUCACCAGCAGACAAGCUGAAUGCCUUGAUCGGGGCAUAACGCCUACCAUCCUGCCGGGCUCCGCGGCCCUUGAUCAGUUCAUUACUGCUUGUAUAGCGUCAGAAAUCCUCCGGAAAGACUACAUCCUGAAGCCAAUUAGAGGGGGAAAGGGGGCCGGUAUUCUUUUUGGCGAUGAAGUCCCCUAUUCCACCUGGCUGGCACUACUGGAGCAGAUGCGGUGUCCGAAAUUGGCAGCAGGGAAGACUCUAUUCGUUGUGCAGCGCAAGAUAGAUCAACCCAAAUAUGACGUGCUGUUGUCUGAAGGUAAUUCCCAGCGCUGCCAUAUGGUCGGGACUUAUCAUGCAAUCAAUGGAGAAUACCUUGGACUAGGGACUUGGCGAUGCAGUCCCGGGAGACUCUGUGCUGUGUCUGAUGGUGCUACAUGGAUUUGUUCAGUCAAGCAGAGUACGCAGUAA